AUGCAGAGAGCAGAGCGAGGAAAUCAAACACUCAUCACAGAAUUUAUCCUCCUAGGCUUUGGGAAUGGCCCGGAACUGCAGCCCCUUCUCUUCCUGUUCUUUCUAGCGAGCUACAUUGUGACUGUGGCUGGGAACAUCCUCAUCAUUGUGCUAGUGGUGUCUGACCCACAUCUUCACACCCCCAUGUACUAUUUACUGUGCAACUUGGCCUGCGUGGAGACCUGCUACAGCUCCAUCUUUCUGCCCCGGCUGCUGGUCAGUCUUGUGACAGGGGUCAGGACCAUCUCUGUGAAGGGCUGCAUCGUCCAAUUGUAUUUCUUUGGUAUCAUGUCAAAUACAGAAUCGCUGCUGCUCACGGCCAUGUCCUUCGACCGGUACAUAGCCAUCUGCCACCCUCUUCGCUACACUGUUCUGAUGAGUGGCAAGAUCUGUAGCCAGCUGGUGGCACUGUCCUUCCUAUGUAGCUUACUGAGCUGCACCAUCCUGAAUAUUUUCUUCUUCCAAUUAACGUUUUGUGGGUCCAAUGAAAUCGACCAUUACUUCUGUGAUUUCUCACCCGUGAUAAAGGUGUCCUGCAGUGACACCCGGAUUCUGCAACUGGUGACAUAUGUUGUGGCUUCCCUAGGAACACUUGUGCCCUGUCUACUCACUUUGGUGUCCUACAUUUAUAUCAUCAGCACCAUCCUGAGGAUCCCCUCCAGCAUCAGGAGGCAAAAGGCCUUUUCUACCUGUUCCACUCACCUCAUUGUAAUUACAGUUUUCUAUGGGGCUGUGAUUGCUGUGUACAUGGUUCCAACAGCCAACAUGCCCAAGGUCCUGCACAAAAUAUUCUCCCUCUACUACAUCGUCCUGACUCCCCUGAUCAACCCCAUCAUCUACUGCCUAAGAAACAAGGAGAUCAACAAGUCCCUGAGAAAAGCUUUUCUGAAAAAGAGAAUAGCCAAUGGAUGUCGCUAUGCCCCAGGUGGAAUGAGCACGAAGACUGUUCGGAAGAGAUUUGUUGCACAAGGCAUAACAUUGUGUGAUGCAAGCAAUGACCAAGUGGGAAAUACGCUGCGCAGAAAGUAG